AUGAAUAAAUUAAAGAUUAUUAAUUUGUUGAAGAAUAAUAAUAAUAGUUUUAUUGGUAGUAGUAAAGUACAAAGUAAAUGCUAUCAUACUACUACUACUACAACUGGAUAUAGUUUUAAAAAUCUAAAUAACAUCAUUAAUAAACGAUCUUUAUCAUCGUCGUCGUCGUCAUCGUCUGUUACUUUUAAUAGUUUUAGAGAGUUAUCAUAUCAACAGAAGCAAUUGAAAGAAGAGAGUUGCAGAAGAUUCUAUGCUACUUCAACAACUAUAAAAGAUGAAAAACAACCAACUACUACCACUAUAUCAAAUGAACAACAACAACAACAAAUAAAAGUAUCGCCAGAAGCAAAACCUGCAGAGGUAGAUAUCAACACAGAGAAUCAAAAUGAGAAUACAACAACCGCUGUAAAUACAGGCAUUAGAGUAGAGCCACAAUACUAUAUUGAAUUCACCUGUACACAUACACCAGAGGGUCAGUCAGAGGAAUGUGGAUUCCGUUCAAAAAAGACAUUCUCAAAACAUUCAUAUCAUAAAGGUGUCGUAAUCAUUCGUUGUGAUGGUUGUCAGAAAUAUCAUCAUCUUGGAUGGACAGGUUAUAACACAGGUAAAACAAUUGAAGAGAUCAUGGCUGCAAAAGGUGUACAGAUUCAAAGAACAUUAGACAAAGAUACUGAUAUUCAUUCAGAUAGCAAUGACAAUAAUAAUAGUAGUAAUGGUAAUAAAUCAAUUGGAAGUGGAUCUAACUGA